CGCUGGUGUCGCUAUUUUCAACUGCCUCACCACCAGCUAAAAACUCACUCAUCUCGUCUAUAAUCGCAACGCAAGAUUGUUGUAUUGGUUUCCCAGCCUCGAUUCCUUACUGAUGAGGGACUUUCGGCCCGAUUGACGCAGGGAGAUGGGGGUACUCAAUAUUUCAGACCAGACGCCUCUGGUCCAGGCAAUAUUUAACCGAAAUGUGGAUGAAGUGAAGUUAUUUUUGCACAAGAAAGAUGAAGUCAAUGCACUGGACCAAGAGCGCCGCACACCUCUUCAUGCUGCUGCCUGGCUGGGGGACGUUCAUAUAAUGGAGCUUCUCAUCAGCGCAGGUGCGAAUGUCAAUGCAAAGGACCAUGUGUGGCUAACACCAUUGCACAGAGCAGCUGCUUCCAGAAACGAGAGGGCUGUGGGGUUGCUGCUAAGGAAGGGAGCUGACGUUACCGUGCGGGAUAAGUUCUGGCAGACACCACUGCACAUUGCAGCGGCCAACCGAGCCACGCGUUGCAUCGAGGCCCUGCUGCCACAUGUGAGCAGCCUGAAUAUGGCCGACCGCACGGGCAGAGCGCCCUUGCAUCACGCUGCUCAGAGUGGAUACCAGGAGAUGGUUAAAUUGCUGCUGAACAAGGGAGCCAAUCUGAGUGCCAGUGACAAGAAGGACAGGCAGCCCAUUCAUUGGGCAGCUUACCUUGGACAUCUGGACGUGGUUAAGCUGCUGGUGUCUCAGGGCUCGGAUAAGAGCUGUAAGGAUAAGCGAGGAUACACCCCUCUCCACGCUGCUGCUGCCAGUGGCCACGUCGAUGUGGUCAAGUACCUGUUACGCAAUGGAGCCGAGAUUGAUGAGCCUAAUGCCUUUGGAAACACUGCUCUCCAUGUGGCCUGCUACACGGGACAGGAGGCCGUAGCCAACGAGCUGGUCAACCGUGGGGCCAACGUCAACCAGCCCAACCACCGCGGCUACACACCCCUGCACCUGGCUGCCGUGUCCACUAACGGGGCUCUCUGCCUGGAGCUGCUGGUCAACAACGGUGCUGAUGUCAACAUGCAGAGUAAAGAAGGGAAAAGCCCUUUGCACAUGGCAGCCAUUCAUGGACGUUUCACUCGCUCUCAGAUCCUUAUUCAAAAUGGUGGGGAGAUAGAUUGUGUGGACAGAUAUGGCAAUACUCCUCUUCAUGUUGCUGCUAAGUACGGCCACGAGCUGCUUAUCAGCACCUUAAUGACAAACGGUGCUGACACAGCCAGACAAGGGAUUCAUGGGAUGUUUCCUCUACACUUAGCUGUGCUCUACGGGUCCUCUGACUGUUGUCGUAAGCUACUUUCCUCAGGUCAGCUCUACAGCAUUGUGUUGUCAAUGAGUAAAGAACACGUGCUCUCGGCAGGAUUUGACAUCAACACCCCAGACAACUUUGGGAGGACCUGUCUACACGCUGCUGCCUCUGGAGGGAAUGUUGAAUGUCUCAACCUGCUCUUAAGCAGUGGAGCUGACAUGAAUAAGAAGGACAAGUUUGGAAGGACUCCUUUGCACUAUGCGGCUGCUAAUGGGAGGUAUCAGUGUGCGGUGGUUCUGGUAGGAGCGGGGGCGGAGGUCAACGAGCGUGACCGCUCUGGCUGUACACCGCUACACUACUCAGCUGCAUCGACUGCAUUCUGCAGAACGGACCGACCCCAUGCCAGCACCCAUCAGAACCAAGAGGAUGGGGAGAAGGAAUCCUUCCUGUGUGUGGAGCAUUUGUUGGAUAAUGGUGCUGAUCCAUCUCUGUGCAACACUAAAGGAUACAGUGCUGUGCAUUAUGCUGCAGCCCAUGGCAACAAACAAAACCUGGAGCUGCUUUUGGAGAUGUGCUUCAACUCGCUAGGAGACAAGGAGAGCAACGGGUCUAUCAGCCCACUACACUUGGCGGUGGAGUCGGGUCACUGGGAAUGUGUCACCGUGUUAAUUGAGUCUGGAGCGUAUGUGGAUGCCUGUGACCCGGUGGGGCGCUCUGUGCUGUAUGUGGCCUCUCAAAGAGGACAUGCUCGCUGCGUAGAGCUGCUGCUCUGCCAAUCAGCAUCUUGCCUGCUCACAGAGCACCGCAGCAAAUGGGGCCCUCUUCAUGUUGCAGCUGCCAACGGCCACUCAGAAUGUCUGCGGAUGCUGCUCUGUAGCGAGGGGGGAGCCGACCUAGUUAAUGUUACAGAUGCAGAGGGACAAACACCACUAAUGCUGGCAGUGCUGGGGGGACACACUGACUGUGUGCAUCUGCUGCUGGAGAGAGGAGCUUGCCCUGAUAUGGGAGACAGGAGAGGAAGAACAGCCUUACACAGAGGGGCGGUGAUGGGUCGGGAGGACUGUAUAACCGCCCUGCUGUCCCACAGUGUCUCAGUCCUCAGCAGAGAUUUUCAGGGGCGAACCGCAGUCCAUCUGGCCGCUUCUUGCGGCCAUGCUGACAUUCUCUCCAAUCUUCUUUCUGCUGCUGACCACUCCCACCCCCACGACCCAAUCACCGACCGCCACGGCUACACACCCGCACACUGGGCAGCCUAUCACGGUCAUGAAGACUGUUUGGAUGUUUUACUUGAACUUAAACCAUGUAGUAUCCAGGAGGGAAACCCCUUCACCCCACUGCACUGUGCUCUCAUUAAUGGCCAUAGUGGUUCUGCAGAGCUGCUGUUGGAAUCCAGUGUUUGUAAUUCGCUGGUAAACAUCAGGGAUGCCAAAGGAAGGACCCCGCUUCACGCAGCCGCAGUUGCCGAGGACGUGGCUGGGCUGCAGCUGGUUCUGCGGCACGGCGCUGACAUCAACGCCGUAGACCACUCAGGGCGUUCUGCACUGAUGGUGGCCGCCGACAAUGGCCAAAGCGGUGCUGUGGCCCUACUGCUGCACAGAGCCAAAGCUGACCUGUCCCUCCUGGAUGUGAACAAGAACACUGCCCUGCACCUGGCCUGCAGCAAGGCUCAUGAAAUGUGUGCCAUGCUGAUCUUGAAGGAGAUCCACAACCCUAUCCUCAUAAAUGCAACCAACAGUAUGCUUCAAAUGCCCCUCCACAUUGCCGCCAGGAAUGGUUUGGCCACCGUGGUUCAGGCCUUGCUGAAUCGUGGAGCCACAGUGCUGGCAGUGGAUGAGGAAGGUCAUACGCCAGCCCUGGCUUGCGCAUCCAAUAAAGCUGUUGCUGACUGCCUAGCUCUCAUUCUGUCAACCAUGAAGCCUUCCUCCUCCACGUCCUCCUCGUCCUCACCGUCGUCUCCCAGCCUCAACCUGCUCAAGCACUGUGGCAUCACCGCCGUCUGUCCCCCCCUGCCCAAUGGAGGCCUUCGCCAUGGUUACGUCAAAGAUCGCCAUGGUGCUACUAUCGGCUUGGAUGGCUACUUGACCGAGUAAGGCCUUCUUACUCGCUAAAAAAAAAAAAAAAAAAAGCUUGGUUUGGUCCUCUCUACACACCUAGAUAAACCUAUAUGCAAUUACAGCCACACAUCCCUCCUAUGCCAGUAUCAAAGCUUUUCUUCACAUCUCAGUAGAGAGUGAACAUGAGAGGACGAAUUUAGCUAUUUAUUUCUAUUUAUUUUCCCCCGCUUCCUUUUCCUCCCACCCCCUGACUCCCAUUUUAGAUGCUGUCCAUUCAGUACGAGUCUAAAAUCUAAAAUUUGAAUCUAAGCCAUUUAUUCGAACCAGUAUCCAUCACUGGCGAGUCAGUCCUUUAUUUCUUCUCCAUUUGCAGUCGAUUCGACUCGGUUCAUGUUAGAAUUAUGCAGCUGUGUGUCUCCAUGGUAACAGUGAUAAUGGAUGGGUUUCCAUAUCAUGCCUCCAAUUUGCGUGAUGCUGUGGCCUUGCAUAGGAAUUUACAGCCUGCCCUGAGGAACAAUUUAAACGGGUUACACUAGAUUUGCGGGACCAUGUAUUUGAUAGUGGUCUUGUGUUUGUGUGUGUGCGUGCACGUGUAUGUGUGACAUCCACUUUUGCGCAACAGUCCAAGAUUUUCAUCCCAUACUUGAUUUAUUACGUUUCCAGGUUUUUAUGUGAGCUGCAAUCUGAUUUAGCACAGAUCAGGAAAAACAAACAACCUAACAGAAUCAGAACAGAAGGGAAACCAUACUACCUUAAGCCAAAAGACCAAUGACCUCCUGAGAGAGGGGUCUGAUAUAUAAUGCUUGUUUACUUGUUAGAGAGAAAAGGGAUAGUGUUUGGAUGGGUUUUGAGGUUGAACAUUCGUAUUAGGUAGUCCAGAUCACUGUUUGUAGGUGUGCAGAAGAAAGAGGAGUUAAAAGUGUCUUGAUUUUGGCCGUUAAAACAACAUUUUGAAGAUGCUACUCUAAGGAAGUAUAGAAAGCACAAACAUCAUUACAGAUGCAAACGUCAUACACAGUACUUGCUCCUUGGGACCUUUGGUUUUAUUUGAUUUGCUUUUUGGGCCUAAAAAUUUCUUCAAGUAAAUGUACUGCUUUGCUAUAAUAUUUAGUGUGGAGUUGCUUUCACAGUGCCUACUGAAUUUAGUUUUGUCUACCUAGGGUCCAGUCAGUUAAACACACCAUAUGCGCUCCCUUGAAGUCGUCGAAAUGGUGCUUCGACCAGUGAAACAUGAGUAUUUCACUAAAAUCCGUUAUGAAUUGAUCACCUGAAUAGAUGAACAUGUGAUUUCAUAUAUCAGAACCCACUUGGGUUGUUUUAGACUUUGAGGAGUGUGUAUAUGUCGAGUGUUUAUGCUGACUGGACCUUUUUUACAUUUGUUUAUGGUGUUGGGGAGCAGUCAUGGGUAUGACCAAAGUCGAGCAAUUUCUAAUUACCUUUUUAAUAGAAACUAAUAGAUAUCCAAAAAGGCAUUCUCUUUUUAAUUGAAGUAAAAAGUACUUAACAUUCACCCCUGCUCUUUUUAAAAUGCUUCCUUAUUGCCAAAGGUGAAUUGAUUAACAAAGUUAAGGUUGUGCUUCCAUUAGGUUUUUUGCACUUAAACACAAAAUAAGAACAUUGUGAAUGAGUGUUUGAAACAUCCCUUUUUUUUGUUUGUGCACCACAAACAGGCAAUAUAUGCUCAGUCAGUAAUGAGACAAUCAGUUGAAAGGGCUUUUAAUUUUGCCAUAGAUUUCUUUUUUUCAUAAACACGCAAAAGCGUCAUUUUUUUUUUUCAAUUAGGAAGAGCUAUACAAAUCUAUAUCUCUUAAUUCAAGCAUACUUUCAGGCGUGAAAUGUGGACUUGUUCUCAAUUAUACCAAUACUAUUGCUUUCAUUACAGUAUAUCAGGAUUUUAGUGAUUUAGAGUAGCUUUGAAGUAUUGUAACAUUAACUGAUAUUUUAUGGGUGAAUGAAGGUGUGUAGACAAACAAAAUGGUAACGUUAGAUGUUUAAAGGCUGUGUGGAGAGCAUAUUUAUACUGAUUCACGAAAUUACCUCUUCCUCUUUGUAAUGACAGGUUUUGGCUGCUUAAACAAGUUUCUCCACUCCACACAGACCUGAUAUAAAGCACUUGCUUGUUCAGUAACAAAAAAGGAUGAAAAAAAACGCUUUUGCAUCUGUCACAAGCUGUAAAUGGGCAAAUAUCUGACUUCUACUUGCAAGAGUACAAAUGUGCAUGUGUGCAAAUCAGAUUAGGCAAGUUAUAUCGCAGUGUUUUGCCUGGGAAAUAUUUCUAAGUGGGCUACAUGACUAAGAGGAAGUCCCUCAUGGGAGUUUAAUUCAAGCUUAUUUACCUGUACUUGAGCUUGACUUUUAUCACGUACAAUAACUUUUGCUGUGGUUUGGUGGAGGAAAUCAGUGCGUGUGUAGACCGCAACAGGGUAAGGAAGUGCAAGUUGAGGAGAGCUUAAAGUUAUUUGCACUGCCAGUUAUACUGCUUGUAGUUGUAAAAAAAAAAAAAAAAUUAUUUAUAAAUUUAGUCCAGCUAGUCAUACCACAUGUAGUUGAGUUCGAAAAACAAGUGCCCGUGGAGCCUGUGAUUAGUAAUACAUUUCAUUUUGGUGCAAGAAAAAGUGCUGCUUUCGAUUGUAUCUUGGAGCUAAUUUUUUAGAGGUGAUCUUUGUCUAUUUAUUAGCGAAAAUAAUUCUUAUCCAGCCAAAACAAACUAAAACGUACUUGUUUAAUUCCUCAAAUUUCUCGUUGUCUUAUUGGCAUUGCACUAAAAUCGUUGAAUUGUUUUGUCGAAUGUAUGCCAUGAUGGUAGCAGCUUGCUUCGAUGUUGGUGAAAAACUUGUAUGCAGUAGUUAGCGAUUAAAUAAUUAGCUUGACAACAGGAGCCCUUUCAAAACUUUUAAUAGAGUUGGUGCAUUAGGUGUUCUAUGUACGAACAUUAAGGGAACCGGUCACAAAGAGGCAAGACUUUUUUGUAGGGUAGAGUACUGAUAAGGGGGGUUUCCUCCCUAAAUCAUUUAGUGCCAUAACUUUUCUUUUUCCUUUCUCAUUUUGAUACGUUUGUAAAAAUGUGAAUGAAUGAUUCCUUGGGUUCAGUUUUUGAGUGUGCGUCAAGACCAUUACCAAAAAAGAAAACGAACGAAGUCCAAGCUAACAUAAGCUACUGUGCCCAUUAUAUUUUUUGGAGAUCCACAUAGUGUUAGUUAUUGUAAAAUACCAGUACGUUCACAAUCAGACUGUCUAAAAAUGUCAGUAUAUACUAAGCUAUACUGAUGGGCUGGUUAGCCCUUGGUGGAGAUCACCUCCAUCUGAAAGCUUUUAUGGCUAAGCCAUAACUUAGCAUUUGCCCUUAUAAAUGGAGAAGCCGGAUUUGAGUCAUUCAGUCAAUGGCUAAUUCAAAAAUUAUAUUUUAUAAAUGUUCCAUUGUAAUCGAUAGUUCCCACAAACCAUUGAUAAUUUGAGGUUUAUUUCUAAGCAAUGGAAUUACGAAAUGCCUUAAUUUCAUUAUUAACCGAAGGGCAAAUUUGACAUUUACCAAAAUGACACCUUUACAUAGCUUUUCUUGUUUUAUUCUGGAUCAGCAAAUUGUAAGCUUGUUUUUUGUUUGUUUUUACGCAACUUUGCUAUGAAGGGCCCGCUUUCAUUGCCUGUUGACCAAGUUAUAAUGGUUGCAAUUACAUGCAGGCAGUUGGAAACUAGAGUCGUCUAAUAAUUGUAACCAUUUUGUUGGAAAGCAGAUUAAUUGUAGCUAACUCGGUGUCCUUAUUGUAUGUCCAUCCUCGCAUUUGUGUAUAGAUAUAAUUUUUUUUCUCGCAAAGGUAUUAAUGGCUGAUAGAAUGUCUGAUUUACCUCAGUGGACCUCAGCGUCCCUACUACUUGAAGACGCAUCCAUUUAAGGCAAUACUCAAAACACCCGUUUCAUUUAAUCUAUGUCUAUCUCCCAACUUUUUGCCUUAAGAGGAAACGGUAUAGUUCAGCAGUCGCAGCACUUGAGAGAUUUUGUCAUUAACCUGGGAUCUCGUUUCGAUGAGAUUCAUAAGAAGCACACUGUUCUAUAGGUUGUUUUGCUGAAAGAUGUACCAUAAUGGCUUCUGGCCUCAAAAUAAUAAUUUUCAUGGAAUUUAUUAGGAGUUUUUGCACUAGAACAUAGAAAGAAAAAAAAAGUCUUUUUUUAAUACAUUUGUUUCAAAUAUUUAGCUGUAAAAUUUAUUUUGGAACAGCUAAUGUUUGACCAACUUUACUCAUUAAGCAAAAAUCUGAUAAUGUUGGGUUUAGGUUCUCCUAAAUUAAGCAUUUAAAGUACUGAUUUAUAAAAACACCAAUUUGCAGAAAAAAUCAGUAUGGGAACACGGGUAGUGAAUGGUAAAAGAUCUGGCAAUACAUCUAAGAAAAAAAAGUAUGUAUUAUCCAAUGCUAAAUAAUUUUAUACAGGACAGAAUAGAUCAAUUUUCUCCCCAUUUUUCUGUGUCUUAGUUGAAACAUUUAGGUAGUAAAUACUUGUGAUGUUAUAAAUGCAAAUAUUUCUAACAAAGUAAAUAAGAGCACAAGAUGUGCUGUACAUAAUUCCUCAAGAAGUGUGGUCGGAAUUGCCUUGACGUGGCAAUCUUACCUCGUAAACUAGCUGUCCUUAAAAUCUAUCGUGCUAUAUAUAUAUAUAUACUAGUACAUGAAAUUUGGAUGGGCUUUUAGCUACGCAUGUGCCGUGCAACUGGAAUCCUAAGGUCACAUUCUGAGGCCUUGAAAUGGAAAGCAUUGACUUUUUCAAGGGGUGCUCUUGAACUUGAUGAUGUCCUUCACCCUGGCUUAGUGUUACUUCAUGUUUCUACUCAGUAAGCGCUAAUAGUUCAAAUUGUAAAUCUGCAAGCGAAUGAUUUAAUCAAAAAUAGCUGCUUUUUGUUGUUCUCACCAGCAGCUUGUUUUCAUAAGGCUAGUUAGAAAACCACCGGAGCCUGACUGAGUGGCUGACCUGACAGGGCACGUAGGGAUCCCUUUAAAAAACAUUUUCAUAUUUAAAA